GCAGUGACACGCCACAACCACCUGAAGGACUUCAUGCUGGUGGUGUCCAUCGUCAUCGGGGUGGGCGGCUGCUGGUUUGCCUACAUCCAGAACCGUUACUCCAAGGAGCACAUGAAGAAGAUGAUGAAGGACCUGGAGGGCCUCCACAGGGCUGAGCAGUCCCUCCACGACCUGCAGGAGAGGCUGCAGAAGGCCCAGGAAGAGCAUCGCUCCGUGGAGGUGGAGAAGGUGCACCUGGAGAAGAAGCUGCAGGACGAGAUCAGCAUCGCCAAGCAGGAGGCGCAUCGGCUGCGAGAGCUGCGGGAGGGCACUGAGAAUGAGCUGAGCAGGCAGAAGUAUGCAGAGCAGGAGCUGGAGCAGGUCCGAAUGGCUCUGAAGAACGCCGAGAAGGAGCUGGAAUCACACUGCAGCUGGGCUGCCCCCGAGGCCCUGCAGAAGUGGCUGCAGCUGACCCACGAGGUGGAGGUGCAGUACUACAACAUCAAGAAGCAGAACGCGGAAAAGCAGCUCCUGGUGGCCAAGGAAGGGGCUGAAAAAAUUAAGAAGAAGCGCAACACUCUGUUUGGAACAUUUCAUGUUGCUCACAGCUCGUCUCUAGAUGACGUUGAUCAUAAAAUCUUAACUGCAAAGCAGGCACUGAGCGAGGUGACGGCAGCGCUGCGUGAGCGCCUGCAUCGCUGGCAGCAGAUCGAGCUGCUCUGCGGCUUCCAGAUCGUCAACAACCCCGGCAUCCACACGUUGGCAUCCGCCCUCAACAUCGACCCGGGUUGGAUGGGCACCCCGAGGCCCAACCCGUCCCACUUCAUCAUGACCGACGAUGUGGACGACCUGGAUGAGGAGAUCGUGUCUCCCAUGUCCAUGCAAUACGCAGCCUGGCUCUUUGGGCGCAGGUUCAGCGAUCGCUCGUCUCUGUCCUCGGAGGAUCAGUCCCUGUGGAAAUACCCUGCUCCUGCUUUGCCCAGCACCGUUCGCCAGCGCCUGGUGGACCCCCAGCACGGCCACGGAUCUCAGAGGUUGGUAGAGAGUUACGUGCACAGCCAGCAUGAGCCGGGCCAGCCUGCCCAGCACCCGGCGGGCCGAAUGCCCCUCCGUCGAAUGCACAGCCUCUCCUCCGGACAGCCUUUCAGUUCUGACCUUCCUGGCACCGCUCCGUCAUCCACCACAGCCACCUCUUGCUCCUCAUCCGCCACUCCUGCACCUGCUUCCCAUGUCCACCCUCUCUAUCACCAUCACACCACCUCUUAUUUCCUUCAGAUGGACUCCAACCCCGAUCUGCCCCCUCCUGAUGUCACCUCUGGAGCUCGCUGUGGCACUGAGAGCUUUGGAGACCUGACGCGCUGCGACUCCGAGUCGUCCAUCCCGCACCUGAGCGAAGCCCAGCGCCUGCCCAGCGCUGCUCCCAAGCUGCUGGCCGCCCGGCCCGCUCUGCUCACCCGAUCCAUCGAGGAUGCCGGAUCCGGGCACACCCCAAACGGAGGCAGCCGACACGCGGAGCCCCCCGGCCCGGAGCGACCGUCCGAGAGCCCCUCGGUGAUGAAGAAGAUGAUGAUGGUGAACCACGGCAUGGAGAAAUCCUCCAGCCUGGGGGAGAUCGGCCACCCGGCGGCCUCCAAGCACAGCCACUCGGAUUCCUCGCGGUCGCACAGCCCCAGCUCCACCGACCCCGACACCCCGUCCCCCAUCUCUGACUGCCGGCCCAACAGCUCCAAGAGCACCCGCAUCCCGCAGCUGGCUGCCAAGAAGGGCGCAGGGGAUGAGGACGGCAGCCUGACGGGCGACGAGAUCGACCCGGGCCAGAGCAAGAAAAAGUUCCCCCUAAAGAUCUUCAAGAAGCCCAGGAAAUAGAGGGGGAGGGCGGAGGAACCCCACGGAGCGACCCGCUGGCACCGGGGGAGCGCGCCCGGCCCCGGGCAUUGGGAUCCACGUCCCUGCGGCGAGAGGAGCUAUUUAAACUUAUUUAUUGGCCGGGCUGAGAAGCCAGAAGGCAUCUGCACCCCCCAAAGGCGACAGCCGCCCUGUCUCACCCUCCCUCCCCGUCGCUGUAGUCCCCGGCUUUGCUGUGCAUGGCUUCCAGUUAUCCGCCUCCGCUCGGCCACACGGCGUAUUUGGGUUUGGUUUCAAUGAGCUUUUAUUUGUAUUUUUCUAUUUUGUACCUUUUCUUUUUUCAGUUCUUCUGCCUCCGCCGCCCUGCGCACAGUCGGGGCGCUGGGGGUCGGGGGGGGCAGGUUGGGGGGAUGGAUGCCCUCCUGGCUCCCGAUGGGCAGAGCACUCUGAGCCCCCUCCCCGUGGUGCUGCGCUGCCCAGCAGCGUUAUCCCGCUCGCACCCAGCAGUGCUGCCCGCUGGGGUCGCUGGGGUCACCGGGGAUGGAGCUGGGGCUCAGCAGCCGCCCGUAGCUCCGUCUGCCUGCCUGGAGAGGGCCGGGUUGGGCUCAGCUUCAGGGCUGGGGACGGCGCAGAUGGAUGGCCACACCGUGGGGUGGGCUGUGUGCCCCACAUACGGGAUGAGCGGAGGCCCAGCAGGUCCUGAGGCUGCUGGAGCUGCUGUGCUCAGGGCUGAUCUCUGCCCUGGCGCUCACUGCCCUGCCCGGCCCCCCGCACAGCACCGCUAUGGGGGGCGGCUGCUGCCCCGAGGCCGACCCAGAGCACAGAGGUGAGGGGAUGCCGGCAGCCUCUGGGGCCGUGCUUUGUGCCAGAGUGACACGUCCACAUCCAUCGCCAAGACGGGAAGGGCUGUAAAGGUGUUUUUUCGUUCCGUAGGUGGUAGUUAGACAAUGACGCUGUUGCUUUGAGAUAAGUGAAAAUUUCCUCUCAGUGACUUUUAAGUGCCUGCAGUGCCCAAGGCUGAGCUCCGGGCGCUGCUCCCGGAGGGGGGGGGGGGGGGGGUACGAAGAACCACGGAGCGGAACUGGUGGUGACGCCUCUGCCAACUCGAUUUAUUUUAUUUUUGGGCCAUUUCAUAAAACUUUUAAAUCCAAUAAAGCAUGUAGUCUAUUUUA